AUGCUCAUCGUUGAAGCUCUUCCGCGCUUCGGGCGUAAGGAGCUGUUGGUAGCCGAUAAUUGCGCAUACGCUUUUGACCAGGACCAUGAUACCCUCAUUGUCGGCUUCUGCGAGCACCUUUCUGAGUUCUACCAGCGCCUUCCGUUUAGCUCCUGGGACCCUUUCCAGCGAGAAGUUGACCAGGUCGGUGACGUCGACUCCGCUGAGCCGCAAGUGCGAGAACACGGCAGCGCCAGAGCCUUCCCUUUUGGGCGCGAGCUCCGGCACGAACGGAUCCGGCCGGACCUUGCAAUCCGAGAUGUAUAG